AUGAUUCGCACGCUCUAAAUAGUUACUCUGUCGAUUAGACUUGCCUUACAUAUAAAAUGGAAAUUAUCAUAAUAAUUCUUUUUACUUCUACAAUAAGAAAAUGUGAUUGAUUAUGAAUUGGCAAUAAAGCAAAAGAUGAUUUAUGAAAAUCUUGUUGUGCUUACAGUUUUACAAAUUUUAAAAUUAAAGUGUAUGUGCUCAAUUAUUAGUGAUAUCGCUAAUUGCUAAUUGAAAAUGAAGUCAUUCAAACCCUUAACUUGCAAUUAGACAGAUUUAUUUAGGUUAUCAACUUGUAUUAUUAAUGAUGAAGAUGCAAGUUAUAAAGAUCGAACGUAUGAUAAUUAUGCGAUAAUUUAUUAUCGUGGUUAAUAUUAGAAAUUGUUAAUCUUAAGUUUCCUAUUGCAUAGCAAAUACACUAAAAACGAUAAUAACUCGAAGAACAUGCACAAAUAAUUUUUCAUCAAUUACAACAUUUACAUAUGACAAUUGUGAACGC